CUGAAUACCAGAAGCAACACUUCACCAGUUGGUCUUCCACCGUCUAAUGAAAAGCCAUUUCCUACACUUAGCCCAUACUUCACGGACAUUCCAUCCCUUUCGUCUGAACUCGUAGAGAUCGAGGAGAAGAACCAUUGGUACACUCGUCUUUCACCAACCAUCGCCACUGCAUUCACCCCGUACACCACCGACAUCACUAGGACAACCCAAGCCUUCAGUGGCACUACUGCAGACGAUGCCCAAAACGUCAAAUUUGAGGGAGAGCUGCACCAGUCUACUACUCCUACAGUCGCUCCUAUUGACUCGUCCUCCAACUCUUCUGUUCUCCCCACUGAGACAACCAAAAUAAACCACUGGUACACUCAUCUUUCACCGACGAUCGCGAGUGCAUUAACCCCGUACAUGACUGACAUUACUGCGAUGACUCCAGAAUCCAGUGGCAUCACUGUAGACGAUGCCCAGUCCCUUCAAUUUGAAAGAAAGCUGCACCAGCCUACUUCUCCACCACAAACAAACGCUCCCAUUGACUCCUUUUCGGACUCUACUGAUUUCCCCACUGAAUUAGCAAAAAUGGUGAGUUCAAAGGUCGAGGUGAUGCAAUGA